AUGUUUGCUUUGAAAAGAUUCUCGACUUCCCUCAAGACUGUUGCUCAACCAGCUCUUCAUCGUCAAUUGAAGAAAUAUCCGUCGAUUCAAGGUCGCACGGUGAUUGUACCACACUAUCAGACAUUGAAACGCUACGUUACAACUACAUCCAACACUGCUGAAGCAGAGGACAACGCUAGCACCUCUGAAAACACAAACGACCAUCAUGCAGUGGUAUCUACAUUUGAUCUGUUCUCGAUCGGCGUCGGACCUUCUUCCUCUCAUACUGUCGGCCCUAUGCGUGCUGCAAAGAUUUUCAUCACUGAUUUAAAGGAACACAACAUUUUGGAUAAAGUAGUUACUCUUCGAGUAGAUUUGUUCGGAUCUCUUGCUUUGACAGGUGUAGGUCAUGGUACUCCAGAAGCUGUCUUGAUGGGCAUUGAAGGUGAAAGUCCUGACAAGGUUGAAACAUCCACCAUCAAAUCCCGUGUGAAAGACAUUGAAACAAACAAAUCGAUCCGUUUGGACGGCACACAUCGCAUCACUUUUGAUUACGAAAAGAACAUGGUGUUCAACUAUUUCAAGACCUUGCCCCAACAUCCCAAUGGCCUCCGUUUUUGCGCCUAUGAUAAGGAUUCCAACAUGAUUGCAACAAACGAAUACUUCAGUAUUGGUGGUGGCUUCGUUGUGAACGCUGAAACCCAAAUGGAUCAUGGUGAAAACGUGUACUACAAGCAGAUCAACAAGAAGGAUGCCGUCGUUGCUGAACGUCGUGAACAAGAUAUCGCUGUCGUUUCUUUACCUUUCCGUAACUCUGAAGAACUCUUGGCCGUCUGUAAGCGUGAAAACAUGACCAUUGCUCAAGUUGUCUUUGAAAACGAAUUGAAAUGGAGUACGCCUGAAGAGAUUAGAGAGAAGCUUUUGAGAAUCUGGAACACCAUGGAUGAUUCUAUUCGUAACGGUGUCAUGGCCUCACCCGAUGACUAUCUUCCUGGCUCUCUCCGUGUCAAGCGUCGUGCUCCUAGAUUAUACAACAAGCUUUUGAAGGGUUUGUAUGGUGGCCCCUUGAACCAAACCGGAGGUUAUAGCCAAUCUUAUAUUCCUGCUAGCGGAUCACAAGAAGAAGCUACCAUGACCACAUCACCUGAAGCCAGCAAUACUCAAUAUCCUCUCGCACUUACAUUCUUGCCAAAGAAGCCCAAGAAGAAGUUUGUCUUGCCUGCUCUUGAUUAUCUCUCUGUAUACGCUAUUGCUGUCAAUGAAGAAAACGCUUGUGGUGGUCGUGUGGUCACUGCUCCUACCAAUGGUGCUGCUGGUACUAUUCCUUCUGUUCUCAAGUACUACCUUGAGUUUAUCUCUGAGAACCCCGAGAGAGAUGUCAUGGAGUUCUUGCUGACUACCUCUGCUAUUGGUAUGUUGUUUAAGCGUGGUGCUAGUAUCUCAGCUGCCGAAGUGGGUUGCCAGGGUGAAGUUGGCGUAGCCUGUUCAAUGGCUGCCGCUGGUUUUACUGCUGUGAUGGGUGGUUCCGUAGAUCAAGUUGAAAACGCUGCUGAAAUCGGUAUGGAACACAAUUUAGGUUUGACUUGCGAUCCCAUCGGUGGUCUUGUGCAAGUGCCAUGUAUUGAACGUAAUGCAUUGGCUGCUGUCAAGGCAAUCGCUGCUGCUCAACUAGCUUUGAACGGUGAGGGAGAUCAUCGUGUAUCGCUUGAUCAAGUCAUCGAAACCAUGCGUCAAACUGGUGUAGACAUGAUGUCCAAGUACAAGGAAACCAGCCAAGGCGGUUUAGCCGUCAAUGUUCCUUUAUGUUAG